AUGUAUGACUCUUGUCAUUUGCUACCAGGCAAGUGUGGUUUCCCGCCCUCCUUGCCAUUUGCAUCUCUACUGACUAAGACGAACCUGACAGAGUUUGAAAGUGGAACCUUUCUGAAGUACACGUGCCGCCCUGGUUACAGUCGGAGCGGCUCCAAUCAGUUCCUGGUCUGUCAGGACUCAGGCACCUGGAAGUAUUCGGUUUCCUGUGUCAAGAAACGAUGCAGUCACCCAGGAGAAAUACGAAAUGGGCAUGUGGUAAUUCAGACAGACCUGUCUUUUGGAUCUCAGAUAUCAUUCAGCUGUUCAGAAGGGUACAUCUUGGUUGGUUCAGACACCAGCUACUGUGAUGUGGGAGGCAGAGGUGUUGAGUGGAGUAAUCAGCUGCCGGAGUGCAUUGUUGCCAAGUGUGGACCCCCUCCAGACAUCAGCAAUGGGAAGCACAGCGGCAGGAACAAGGACUUCUAUACCUAUGGCUCUUCCGUCACCUACAGCUGUAACUCUCCGUUCUCACUCAUAGGAACAGCUUCUAUCUCCUGCUCAGUGGAUAAUCAAACCCAAAGUAUCUGGACCCCAAGUCCUCCUGCUUGUAGGAAAAUCAGCUGCCCUUACCCAGAGGUGGAACAUGGGAAGCUGAUAGCUGGCUUCCGCAGCUCAUUCCGUUACAAAGACUCCCUGGAGAUUGGCUGUGAGGAAGGCUUCAAGCGUGUAGGCGACGGGGUGAUCCGUUGUGAAGUUGAAGGCAACUGGAGCCCUCCCCCACCUGUCUGUGAGAUUAAUAGCUGUGUUGGCCUCCCAACACUCCUGCAUGCCAACUGGACCUACAACUACUACUAUCUGAGCCAGUUCAAGUUAUUCUCCAUUGGGACCAAAAUGAUGUUUAACUGUCAUCCUGGCUAUCGGGCCAGUGGGCCUACCACAGUAACCUGCCAGGAAGAUCUCACCUGGUCCUCACCUCUACCCUGUGAGGAGGUGUGCUGCCCAAAACCAGUGCUGAAGAAUGGCCGGAUUGUGUUCGACAGGAGACGCAGCUCUGCCCAGACAUGCACCUACUUCUAUGGGGAUUCCAUCACCUACAUGUGCCGUGAAAAGGACCGAUUUGAAUCCAGCUGCCAAAGUGAUGGCUCGUGGUAUCCUGAGCCCAGUUGUGAGAACAACUGCAGGUUGUUUCCUACCAUCGCCCAUGGCUCCCACCGAGACGUGAGCUCCUUCUUCUCUUUUACCACCGUGGUGAAGUAUGAAUGUGACGAAGGGUAUCUUCUGGUUGGGGAGCCCAAAAUCUCCUGCAGGAACUCCCACUGGUCGGCCACAGCCCCCCAGUGUAGAGCUCUGUGUUCGAAACCACAGAUAGCACAUGGUCUGCUGUUUGUGGAGAAGGGCCAGUAUGUGGAGCAGGAGACAGUCACCGUACACUGUGAACCUGGCUAUGACAUGGUCGGCCCCCAAACCAUCAGCUGUUCAGAGAACAGGACAUGGUACCCACAGGUGCCCAAGUGUGAGUGGGCGGUUCAUAUAGGCUGUGAGCCAGUGGUUGCAGGUAAGAAGCUCAUGCAGUGCCUCCCCAGCCCCGAGGAAGUGAAGCUGGCCAUGGAGCUGUACAAACUCUCCUUGGAGAUCAAAGCCUGGAGCAAGCGCGAGUCGUACGGAGGAUCCGGCUAGAAAUCAGAAAUGGCUUUCGUCCCACCCAUGUCCCAAACCCAGAAAGAAGCUUCUCUCUUUCCCCACCACAACCACCCUUGCACCCCUUGGCUUGAUGUAUGCUGGACA